GCUAUAAUGCUGUAAUUGGAAAGCUACCAUAGAUACCCAAAGGCACUAAUGUAUGAAACCGAUACCUAUUAAACUAUUACCUAAUAAUCGGUUUUUAAAUGUGAACCGUUUUUAGGUUUGUAUGAAACCGGUUGACAUCACUAUCAUGGUCUGUGUUUUCUUUUCUUUCCAGCAAGGCAGGAGUGCGCAAAUAAUCCUAAAUUAUAAUCUAUCGAUUAAAAAUUUUUGAAAUUUAAUUACAGCGUAGCAUACCAUUUCAAAGUUAUACUAAGAAAUACGAACAGCAAAAAUGAAUGAACUGAAAUGCUUGGAACAUCCUACAUUGAAGGUUCCAUAUGAAGUUUUCAAUAAGCGUUACCGUAACGCCCAGCGUGUGUUGGACGUUGAGGCACGGCAAGUGGCCAGUGCCAGUGGGGAGAUAGAUACUGCUACCAAAAAUACUGCUGUCACCACCGGGGAGAUAGACACACUGCUGGGAGGAAUGGUUGAGAAACUAACCACAAUGAAACGAAAAGCUUCUGAAGCUAUAAACGAAGAGUUGCAGGCUGCGUAUGUGUGCAAGAAGCGUUUGGAACACUUGAAGGAGCAAGCCACCGUACUCAACGAACCCAGCACACCACAAACCAGAGUAAGUGCUCCAAUGCAUAGAGACUACUUCCUCAGGAAUGGUUACUACGAGUCUGCGAACAAGCUGGCAGACGCGCGAUCUCUGAGGGAGCUUACUAAUGUCGAUAUUUACGCGGCCGCAGCCGAAGUGGAGGCAGAAUUAUGCCAGCAGCGGACGGCUCGAUGCCUCCAAUGGUGUGCUGAUAACAAGUCUAAACUGAGGAAACUUAACUCCAGCAUGGAGUUCAAGAUACGGAUACAGCUCACUCAGUGCUACAAGGAGAGCACUAAAGUAUCAGCGUGUCCAGUAUGCCAACCGCCUCUGAACCGCUUGGCAAGAGCUUUGCCUCACGCGCACUGUUCGCACUCGCGCCUCGUGUGCCGCAUCACCAACCAACCCCUCAACGAGCACAACCAGCCCAUGGUGCUGCCCAAUGGACAAGUCUACGGGGAGAAGCGUCCAGAUUGGUCUUUAAUGCCGGCGACUCUGAACCGCUUGGAAAGAGCUUUGCCUCACGCGCACUGUUCGACCUCGCGCCUCGUGUACCGCAUCACCAAACAACCCAUCAACGAGCACAACCAGCCCAUGGUGCUGCCCAAUGGACAAGUCUACGGGGAGAAGGUCAACGGGAAGAAGAUAAACGUCUUUAGUCGGCUGCCUACUGCACAAGUCUACGGGGAGAAGGCAAUCAAGGAGAUGGUCAAACUUGGCUCCAUCGUUUGUCCAAAGACAAAGGAGGUGUUCUCCUUGAAGAGCGUCGAGAAAGUUUACGUCAUGUGAACCAUAAUCUAUGUAAAUAUAAUAUACUCUAUAUGCUUAUUAUUAGUAAGGGUACGCACUCUGUUUAUUAACACUGAUAUUACAUUGUGAUCGUUCGAAACAAUGUGACUAAUAUUAAAUCAAAUCACAUGAGUAAUUAAGGCGCAGAGAUAAAGCUUCAUACAAGAGGGUAUUAUAAAAAUAUAUUUUAAAAAAUCUGUCAAUUGUUAGCAUCUGUAUUUAGGACGAAUAUAGACAGAGGUUUUUACUAUUUUUACAUUAAAAAAUAUUGGUAAUUCUACUUAAAAUACCACGAAAAAGAAAAUAGUUUUUUAUAUAUUGUCUCAUGACCGAAAACGCCUGAGAUUGUGGCGGAACCUAAAAUGAUGUCACACAAAGGUAAACUUCCGGUCAAAGCGACAUCCUAAAAAAUGCGUUAUAUUUCUUGCUAUUUUAUAUACCCAGAUAAUAGGGAUGAUGACUAUUUUUUUUUCUUCGUUUAUCAGGUACAUUAUGAAAAAGUAUUAGACACGUAUUUUUUCUUUUUUCACAUAAUAUAAACAUUGCAGAGAUAUAUUGAUUUGAAAAUUUGCAUGACGUCACGAUUUACAAAUAAACAAGUACAAUUUUCACUCAAAAGUGACGUCAAGAGCCCCUACUCCCAAACUUUGACGCGCUAUAUCUUUGUCAUUUUUUGGUUGAUUGCCCAAAGAAAAAUUCGUGUCCAUUAUUUUUUGAUCACCUAACUGACGGACUAAAUAGAAUUUCGUUUACUGUACCCCGUCAUCACCCCUAUUGUGAUAAUACAGGCUUUCAUAUUUUAAAAAGAUUCGCACGAAAAAAAUGAUCUGUAAACUAAUAAACUUAACCUGAAGAUGUGUUAAUAGAAUUAUUUAAAAUUAACUUUGUCGUCAGUUCUACCCGCUACAGUUAAUCGAUUUUUGAGUUACAGAGAUCCAUAUUUUCUGUGGUGUCCAUAUUAUUCAAUCAGCUUUACCGUAGUAUUUUUUGUUUGGUCCUAACUUCAUUAUCUAGCUAGAAAAUGGCAUUUUUAUCCAAGUCCCCGGCGGGUGAGACCGGUUUUCAUAACGCGCGCUACUUUCGGACUGUUAAGGGGUAUGCGGGUGACGACUCUCGAAAAGCCUGUGCUUUUGCGACUAUAUAGAAUGUUGACAAUUCGAAGAGGGUAGUUUUUUAAUAAUAUAUUUUGUGUCCAUAAACACUAAUAACGGGACUUUUUGGCGGGAUCCGGAAGCGUCACUUUAGCAGUUUUGUUUUUCUUGUUAAAAAUUGUGUAGUGGCGGAUGUUAGUGUCUAAUAAUGGUGGAUUAUUAACCACUAAGUGUUCGGGAACAUGCACAAGUGUUGGCAAGUGAAACAAAAUAGCGGAAAGUGUCUUUCGACGUUCCCUCAAGAAGUCCACAGGGAGGUUCCAGUAAAUCCCCUUUACAUUUACUGAAACAUAGGGAAAGGGCGUUUGACUUGACUGCCACUUACUUUGACUUUAUUUAUUACCUACUUUGACCACGAGUGCUAUAGAAUUUGUAAGCAUUUUAACGCUUGACGUUGGCUAAAUGCACAGGCCGUGCGAAGCCAUUUAGAAAAAUAAAACACUAAUAACGUAACGUUGUCGAAUACCCUAUUGCGUGUGUGUGUGAGUACUGGCGUAUGACGUGUAAAGCUGUGCAUUAUUUGCUCAUGUGAUUAAUAGUUGAGGGUAGUUGGUGAAUCUAACUUCCAUGUGACUUAAUAUUUUAGAGGUGGUUGCAAAAUCAUACAUAACGCGAUUUAGUACGUGAUGAAGAAUAAAUAAGAUUGAUAAUUCUCUUGUUGAAUAACGUUCAACCGAAUGUGCCAAUAAACAGAGUAUGUUAUCCAAAAUAGCUUUUAAGAUCUGCCAUUGUGUUUUUAAAGUGAGUGAUUGUUUUCUUUUCGUACCCACUGUUAAAGCGGUGUACUGUAUUUAUUUAAUUUUUUUAUUUUAGUGACUUCACGAUUUUAGACGAAAUGAAAUGAGAUCUCGCCCAAUAUGUAUCUUACAGCUCAUUCACAUUGAAAGCGCGGUCGUACUUUGUAGGUACCAACCUAUUAUUAUGUACAAAAAUUAAGAUAUCGUUCGCAGGAGCUCUUUUUCUCGUCUUUAUUAACACUUCGAAUCAACUAUGAUUUUUCUUGUUUGUUCGUGUUCGCAUUCACACCUUAGCCUUUUCUUAUCGGGCGACGCAUCCUUUGGACGUAUGUAUCAAAAUUCAAAACGCCUAACGGGAUAUAGACGCGCGUAAAAAGGUGCUCCUGUGAAAAAUAAGUUUUGGUUCUCCGCGCUUUCUACGUCGAGUACGGUUAGCAAAUCCGUCCUCAGAUAAUAUUUAUUGGGCAAGGUCUAGUAUAACGGUAUUACUCUAAAAUUGUAGUGUUUUAUUUCUUUUCCAGUAAUUAUCUAGUACCUACAUUUUAAAGGUUUUUAUUGAUUUAUCGGCUUUUAUGAAUAUAAAAAAGUGUUGUGAGUUACACAUAGGAUUCUUAAGCGUUUGAGUCACACGAUAUUAUGUAAGUUUGAUUCGCUUUGAUUUAGGGCUUAUUUUCAUGUACUGCCAUACAAUUUUUCGCAUGUAGAGAAAUGAGAAAUUGGACUCUAAAUUAACCAGUGUUCAAAUGUUGAUUAAUGCAGUGCUAUUCUGUAAAUUUCAAUUUCACUUCGUAUCUUCAAUUAAAAAAAUUAGCCUGGGCAAUCACUUUUUAAUGUUAUUGCAAUGCAAAAUCUGUAAUAUGCUGUGAUUUCAACUGUAAGUGUUUUAAAUCUAUUAAUUUGAAGAUGUUUCAAGUUAAAAAUACUUUGCUGUAUCCAGUUUUGUGUCUGUUUAUAGAGUAGAUUUACUUCAUAUCUGCUAAGUUCCCUGGGGCACACAUCAAGUUUAUUUUCUUCUUACUUCUUUCUUAAAGUUGUUACCAGUGCCGUCUUUGAACUGUUGGAGGUGUUGGAGGCCCUGAGCAUAUUAGGAUAAUGAGGCCCCAAUACCCCCGUUUGGUGAUUUAACAGGAACUUUGUAUUUGAUCUGAGGAAAUCGAUCGAUCACGGGGCCCUGGGCACUUGCCCAAAGUGCCCACUGGGAAAGAGGGGUCCGGUUGUUACAAUGUGCUUAUUAAAUUGAAUUGGCGAUACGAAGUUCGAAUGAUUUCGGUUAAUCCCAAGAAUAUAUUUUUAUAUGAAGCCAAUGUUAAUGAAAUAUGCCACAUAAUAGUUUUCCAUCGAUCUCUCUCUCUCUCGAAAAGCUGUGCCUUUGGGACUAUACAGAACGUUGACAAUUCGAAGAGGAUAGUUAUUUAUUGAUUGAUUUUGUAAUAGUGUAGACUGAAUUAUAUGAUGUUGAAUUUUGCAGAUUGCAGAAUAGCAAAGUAUAUUUGUAUUUUAUGUGUUAAAUAUCUACCUUUUUACUAUUUUGAGACCUAAUCGUGUAUGUACUGUACUUUAAUAUGAAUAAUAUACGCAACUUGUUUAAGCAAUGUGGAAUCUCAUUGUAUCAUACCCACGACCACGUGAAAUUGAGAAAUAUAUGCAAAUCGAAAUGA